AUGCUUGCUUGGGAACCACUCAUUGAACCAACAAUAGAUGCAAGUGGAUCUAUUCUUUCACCUUGGUGUAUCACAUGUUCAAUUGUACCUAUAUUGUCAUUAAUUGAAAAAAGUGGAUCGGCAGUAUCAAAUGAACAAGAACGAAAAGAGGGUGUACCAUCAAUAAAUUCUAAGCAAAUUAUAUUCAUACGUGCCGAUCAAUUACUUAAUUUAACAAUAACAAAAACAGGUUUUGAUUUAGUACAACGUUUAUCAGUUUUAUUCAAUGAUGUUUAUAAUAAACGAUUACCAUUUACUGAAGAUAAUGAUCAGCCAAUGUUAUCAUUAUUUAAUGGAACUGGACGAGAAAUAUUCAUUGAUAAUUUAGAUGGUCUUGAAUUUGCUGAAAAUAUGACACUCACAUCAAAAGCUUUAAAACUAGAUGGUUUCGUUCCAUUGGUUGUAGCAAAUGAUCGUCAAUCAGCAGCUAGACUUUCUGUUAUUGAAGAACAAGAUUUUAAACGACGACAAGAAUUUGACGUUAAAGUAAAUAAAAUUUUAAAAAAAAUCUAUACAUAUCUGGAAUUCAAAUAACUUGAUAAAAAUUACUAGUAGAUACUUGCGAACAGAAUCUUUAAAUAAUUAAAAGUAUAUAUUUAAUAUUCUUUCUGCAAAUAUGAUAGCGCUUCAAAUUGUCUAAUUCUACAAAGAAUCGUCUAUUCUAUUAUUCUUUGCAGCUGAAAUAAGACUAUUUUUCAGUAUCUUGAAUGUUGAAAUCUUAUAUUUAUUUAAUUUUCUUAGAUUGGAGAUGUUGUUA